AUGGAUGACCUCGAAGAUGAAUUGGAUCUUCGAUUUCACAAGGGCCUAAAUCCCGAUGUCUACUAUCGCUGUCCUACAUCUGAAUCACUUGAGGGAGCUCUGCGCAAUGAACUGGAUAAGAAUGCAGCCAGCUUCAUCCCCACAGACGUUGUCACAGAGUUCAUCUUUGCAACAGCCUCUACCAUCACCAUCCCCGUGACGCAGCAACUCAAUCUUGAUGCGCUUAUACAACCAGCCGAUCACCCUCAAAGCAUCGCCGCUGAAUAUGCGCUAUGUCGAGAUAUUGACGGUAAAGACAGGCCCAAGGUACAACGAGCAAUUGCAAGAUCUAUUAUCAAAGCUAUUCAGGACACUGAUGGCUUCAAGUACUCCGAGCGCUCUGCACAGAACAGAGAAGGCGGUGACGGUGCCAGAUUCAAAUAUGUUUGCCAAGACAGCUUCCAGAAUAGGGACCGUAAAAGCAACACGAAGAGAGGGAAGUCCUUUGAUAGCGAUGAUAGGGAGCCUGAGGUUAAGAAGCAGGGACCUGUUGUGUUGCCGACCUACGACUGUGGAGGCGCAAUACACAUCAAGUUUUCCCUCAAAAGAGACGCUGUCAAUGUGGUGUAUAAGCAUAAUCCUAUACACACUACGCGCGAGGCUGACAAUGGUAAAAAGGAUGAGACCGAGGCACAGAGCGAAUUCAGAGGCCCGGACCUUGACAUGUCAACAUCUCCAGAAGGUCCAAAUCCAUCUGCAAAGAGAAAGAGCAAGAAAGCUAGUGCUGUGGCCUCUUCCACAACAUCGCGAAAAACAUCUACCAAGAAGACUAAGGCUAGGUUACCGGCUUCACCCACCGGAUCGAGGAAAAAAGCGCCUGUCUUCGAAGAAUCUCCACCGCCGACACAUAUCCGUGGUAAAGCCUGCAUCCGCUGUCGCGAGAAGAAGAUCAAAUGUAACGAGUCCAAACCCACAUGCAACCAGUGCCGAAGGGGUCUAUGA